AUGGAUCAGAUAAAGCUAGAUAAAGAUAUGCAGCAGUGUAAGAUCACUGUGUUGUUUGGAAGAGAACUCUGCCUACGUAUUACGAAACUGAUAAGGGGAAGUAGUACUUUCCCUGUUACUACCACCAUAGUCCUUUGUUUGUCACUGUCAUUUUUCGUGAUGACAUUAGGAAUUUUCAUCAACAAUGGUGCUCGAAAAUUCCUGUUUUCAGAUGAGUCUUACUUCCUAAUGCCACCAUUGCAGCCUUCAUCAUGUUCUUGCUGUCUCUGCAAUAAUUCUUCAUCUGCUGCUUCCUUGCAGCCCUCCCCGUUCAAAUCUUCAAGUGGAAGUAGAGGUUUAGAGGAUUGGAUGAUUGGUCCCGAGGAGCUAUGGCAUGAGAUGAGCGACGAGGAGCUAAUGUGGAGAGCAUCAAUGGUGCCGCGAAUCAGUAAGUACCCUAACAAUCGGACUCGGAAGGUGGCGUUCAUGUUCUUGAGCAGGGGAAGCUUGCCGUUGGGACCAUUAUGGGAAAUGUUCUUCAAGGGAUAUGCAGGGCUCUAUUCAGUUUACCUCCAUACUUCACCUGAAUUCACCAAAGAGCCACCAGAAACCUCGGUGUUUUAUAAGCGGAAGAUACCAAGCAAGCCCGUGAAAUGGGGACAAGCCACAAUGAUGAAUGCUGAGAGGCGCCUAUUAGCUAAUGCCCUACUUGAUUUCUCCAAUGAAAGAUUUGUGUUGCUCUCCGAAACAUGCAUUCCUCUAUUCAACUUUACAACAAUUUACAGCUACCUCAUCAACUCUAACCAUAGUUUUGUUGGCUCAUUUGAUGAUCCACGACCCAUGGGUCGAGGGCGGUACAAUAAGCGCAUGUGGCCGAUGAUAUCAUUGUCCGAUUGGCGUAAAGGCAACCAAUGGUUCGAAGUUCACCGGAAGCUAGCCAUAGAGAUAGUAUCAGAUGUCACAUACUACCCCAUUUUUCAGAAUCAUUGCAAGCCUCCAUGUUACAUGGAUGAGCACUACUUGGCAACCAUCGUGACCAAAACUCACCCGGACAUCAACUCAAAUAGGAGCAUUACAUGGGUUGAUUGGUCCAAAGGUGGCUCACACCCAACAAGGUUUGUGAGGAAGGAUGUGUCCGAAGAGUUUUUGAAUCGGAUGAGACAUGGAUUUAAUUGUACUUAUAAUGGUAGCAUGACCACGGCUUGCUUUCUUUUCGCUAGGAAGUUUCAACCAAACACCCUAGAGCCAUUGCUAAAACUAGCUCCAACAUUGCUUGGGUUUAAUCCUUAA